GCAGAGCCACUGGAAGAAUCCCAGAGUGGAAAAUAAGCCCAGAUGCUGGUGUACGUCCGACUGGGAGUGCUCGGGGCACAGACCAGGCCAUUUAUGUGUUAGAAAGCCUCAUGUAAAUUCAAACAGGGUGACGGGUAGCCAUUUGUAAUUCAAACAGGCCUUGCACGCCCCUCCAGCCUGGCUCGGUUCAACUUGGCUAACUUCCUCUUUUAAUGUGAAAUGGACUGAAAAGGAUGUGAGUGAUUGACCAGAAGAAAAUGUUUGAAGGAGCAGGAGUUUAUAUCUGCUUCAUGGAUAACAUCAUUGUCCUUUUGCAGCUUCAGACAUGUGGAGUCAAAAUAAUUCACUAAACUAGAGGUUUACCUUCCAGCACAAAAGGAACUGUAAGCAUAUAGGGCUACAUUGGAAUAGUUUCGAUCAAAAUGUUAAAAUGGCCUAAUCAAAGUCACCUAAAACCAUUAUCUGUAAUUUGAAAACAAAUAUUCACAGAUGCUCUCUUUCUGGACGUCCAAAGCUGAGAGAAAUACCCCAAAAGAGUUCCAGCUGUAAUUUUGGUGGCAGAUGCAGAAGCUUACUUGGACUAGUCCCCCUAGUCCAAGUAAGGACUAGAGGGACACAAAUACAAGGGACACUUUUUAGAUCUUUAUUUGAAAAAAAACCCCUUUAAAAUCAUAAAUCAUUUUCCUACAACUUGACAUUUAUGUUUCGUUUAGACAUUUAGUUUAUCCCAACAAAAUCCCAACAAAAACAUUUUGUAGUUCCAAUGUGGCAAAAUGUGGAAAAGAAAUUGCGAAAACUUUAUGUAUCUGACUGAGGGGAAAUAAUUCUUCAAAAUGGCUGACUAGCGUACAUGUACGUGUUAAGUACAAACACGUGAAUUCCUGCAGAAAUGUUCCACUGAAGCCCUUUUAAUCCUCAGGAGUUGACAUCAAGAGUUACGUAAGCUUCAUGUUUCAGUGGUGGUCUGCGAGCGAGUGCGGUAAAUGACCACCAAGCAGGAUGCAGGAGAAAGACGCUCAUUCAGACUCUUAGAGCCGAGCACAAUGGGGGCAUGUGUGUGUUCUGUAAAACUGCCUGUCCCUCAACUAUUAGCUCUCCACCUCAUGAGAGCAGCAGGACCACACAUGCACAUCUGGACACUCUAUAAGAAACUUAAGGUAUACUAUCAAAGAAACAGAACAUCUGCAUCACAGCACACACACACAUGCAUAUGACAAAGAAAGGAGUGGUGUUUAAAUGUGUAUCCCUUUGUGCCGCUGAGCUAAAUUUGGAAAAUAAAAACAGUUGGAGGCAAAAAAGGAACGAUAUGAUGGGGGAUCAAGAUAUGCUGGUCAUAAAUGCACUCAGUCACCCAGAGGUCAUUUAUAUUUAACUGUGCAAAAUGACAAAGAGCAGCUGAGGUGGUUAGAGUAAGAAAUUGUGGAGGGAAAGGAAAAGAAUGAAAAUAUAUCACGGCAGGGGAAAAUAAGGCUGAGUGGGAAGCUAGAAGUCAGAGGUCACAGGAAAUGUGUGGGAAUGAACUAGACUAGACCUGAAACUCUCAACUCAAAGUGAAGUCAGUGCGACUUUAGGGCAGACAGCAAAGACAUCAUACAAACAUAAAACAUGUUUUAUUACUUUUAGAUGAAAAGCUAUUUGGGGGUUUGUCUUUGAAAAAGAUUUCAGUCACUGAUGGAGUAAAGUUAUAUAAAAAAAGCUUUUGACUAUGUAAAGUACCAUUGGGUUCUUUGACUGAGAAAAAAACAAGUAUAUGAGGUCUGAUGGAUAUGUAGGACUCACUGGGAAACUAUUGAUUUGUUAAUGUUUUUUUAUUUAGAGAAAAAAAAGACUUGGAGCAGAUUCUCCAGAUUCUGGUACAGAUUUGUUCCACAGAUGCAGCUCAACAUUAGAAACAGGUGUGUGUCAGUGCCAGUGGGGUUUAGAAAGUUAAAUCAUCUUCCUCCAUAUGUGUGCUUUCAGUCUUUACCAAAACAACUACACACAAUACAAAAGAUUUCCACCUUUUAUCUGAACAGCAUAAUCCUGCUCAGAACUGACUCUUUGCCAUUAUCCUGAAAUCAUUUAAUUUACAUUUUUACUUAUCUCAGGGAUUUGAUGGAGCUGGAUUCUUAAUAGUUCUAUCUGUUCGAUAAAUAAGAUUAAUGAGACUUUUUCAGCUGCACUUACAUAAAUUCGUACUGAGACAUUUUGUUUUACUAGUUUGACCUCUGAAGUUGCACUAGAUUUUAUUUAAGGAAUACCUGAGUAAGGGAUGUUAAUACAAAUGCAUGCCACACUUUUCAAAUUCAUAUGUGCGUUAAUCAGCUACAAAGAAAUCUAGUAACUAGUCAAAAUGCGUUCAGGGGAGUUUGAAUAAUUUAACGACCCUGCGUUUUUGUGUGUGGAAGGCAUAAUUUAAUGAAAAUUUUCCCAAAAGUGAUGAUGCUUACAAACUUUUACAUUGGUUAGUAUUUUUCUGAGGCCUAAAGGCAUAAAUGAUGCCAUUUUAUGUGCAUUUGUGGAGUAAUAUAGCAAAUAAUUGCCUGGGAUACAAUGUGGGAAAGCCCUGGUCUAACUUAAUCAUUGUAAUUGUUUUCAGCAUUUUUAUAAAUUUAAGGAUGAAAGCUUUGUGUUGUAAUGUUUUAGUUUCCAUGGAGACCCUAUACUGCUUGAGAGGAAAUACUAGAAAGCAGCAAAGCGGAUGAACAGAGUGAGCACAGAGGGCAGGAAUGAAAAAAAUAAUUGAGGAGAGGGGAAACAGGACAUGUGAGAUGAAUGAGAGGAGAAGGAGACAGGGGAGAGAGCUAAUGUGCAAACCAGACAUCAGGCUGCAACAUCUGUUUUUUCACUUUGAGCACCUCAGACAGAGACGAAUACGGCCAAGGCACUGAUAGAAAUAAUGCUGCUGGCUUCUGCUGUGGAGACGGAGACGAUGCAGAAAUAUCGAGCAUAUAAAAGCGAGGAAUCAGAUGAAAGCUUGGAAUAUUUGGACUGCAAUGUGUAUUAAUUCACACUUCAAUCACACUCAGAGGAAAAUAUAUUUAUUAUGAAGUCUGUCUGUUGCCUAGAAAAUGCAAAAGAAACAAAAAGAAUGUGAUGUGGAAAGCUAAGAAAGAGUUCUCACACUAAACUGCAUGAACUGCACUUCUUUUAAAUACUUUUGUUUAAGACAGCCAAAAACUCUUAAUGCCAGAGACCACAAAUUCUGAUAACCACUUUUCCUCUUUGGCCCAACAAGUACAGCAGAUUUCUUUUUGAGUGUAAUUCCCAUCUAAAGUUCCCACGAGCCAAGACACAUGGAGACCACAGAGUACCAAGGUAAGGGGAUUAAACCUGACUCACAUGAUCCAUUAUGUGACUCUUUCACUGUUAACACACCAGACCUGGAACUCCUUAAUGGAUCAGGUUUCAAAACGUGGAUCACUGUAUUGCAUUGCUGACAUUUGACAAAUUUAAGCUACUUCAUUGCCCAAAAAGGAUGAUCAAACCAGGUUAGUUUAUGCAAAAUGAUGCACAAAUGCCUAAUGAAUAGAAAUGUAUGUGUGAUGUAUUUUAGCAGCUAUUUAAAAUACAUUUUAAGUUACAAGAUGAUGCAAAUAUGGGGAAACUUGAAUAAGAUUUAUCUGAGCAGCACAAUUAAAUAAAUGAAAGGCUGUGUAGUCGACCUUAGCAGAAGCUUAAUACAUUAUGCAGAGGUCCGACUACAAACACCGAGCUUAAGUUAAAGUACCAUGUAAGAAACAAAGAUAAAAACCUUCAUAAACAGAGGAGACGGGCGAUUUUAAAGGCAGUUAAAGAGACAAGAAAUGUAAACUCUUAAGAGCCUUCUGCAGAAAACAGUCUAAAUAAAAAUAGUCUUUCACUGUUUUUAAAAGAUUCAGCCAAAAAUAUAGACAAGAUAAAAGCAUUCCAGACUCUCAGUGCCAGAGGGUUCUGUGGAUUUAAGAGAGCAAGCACGAAACCUUUUUAUUCUUCAGUGAACAGAUUCUAAUCGGAUGAUGGCAUAAAAACAUGUUUCAUGACAUUCAAAUGGUUUAAAUGUCAUGAUGUAUGACAUUUAAACAAUUUGACAGAAUAGUAAAUGGAUUAAAUUUAAAUAGGACAUUUGCAGUCAAACUGACCGCUCAAAACGCUUUACUCUACAGACACAUUCACUCACACUUAUACAGCAAAAGGUGGGCAGCUUAGCAUUAAGUGCCUUUCCCAGCAGCACAAGCUGCAGUCGCACCCUACAGCCUUGAUGACUACUCUACCACUGAGCCAAAGUCAAUAUCUCUAUUAAAGGGUGUGUAAAUACUGGUUUACCUUGCUAGUACUGUGUUGCCCUUUAACAUUCUGAAUUGUCUUAACUCCUCAUGUCUUCAUUUCACAGAUUGAACAAAGUGUUAGAAAUAUUACUCAAAGAUUUUGGUUCAUAUUGACUCAUAUUGAGUUCUAGGUUCAAGUCUACACACUUGAACCUUAGGUUGUGCCAUUCAAAUGAUACGUAACUGGGACUUCGGGCUGAAAAGUGAGCAAAGACAAUAUUCUCCACACCAUCACAUCACCACCGCCACCCUGAACCUCUGAGGUAAAGCAGGAUGGAUUCAGGUUUUCAUCUUGUUUACGCCAAAUUUUGUGAAUUUAGUAUAAACACAUUUCCAGAUAAGAUCAGGAAAACUUUUUCCAACCUCUCAUGUUAACAAGGAUUCUUAAUAAAAAUCAAUAAAAUUAUGAAUUGUCUAUCAAAAAUAUUUAUAGAUUUUUUUUAAUUCCCUGGUGCUGAUCUCCAGUGCUAACCAGGUAUUGUGGACAGAUUACCAGUCCAUCACAGAGUAGAUAAUCGUGCACACACACAAACAGUUUAGAGACCGGCAGACCGAACAUGAAUAUUUUCAAUAAUGGGAGAAAGCCAAAGUACACAAACUCCCCAACUUGGAUUCAAACCUUGCAGUUUCUUGCUGUGCAAACAUGGAGGUACAUCACAAAAAUGUAGAAGAAUUUACAUUUUCUUUUACAAAUUUUCAGAAAAUGUUUCAGAAAUCACAAACUGUUAAAACAACUUCAACCACAACAUAAACCUUUGGUAUGUUUUGCUAUUUAUUCGUGUCCCAGUCUAAGGUGGUGCUGAUGCCAAAAACAUUUACAGUGCGUAAAAGACAUAUUUGUAAAUAUGUCUUUUCUCACUAUUUACAACACAUUAGAAGGUAUUUUAUAGAUUUUUGUGUCAAACUCAAUGAAGAAAAGUGUUUUAGAUUCGAACGUAUAUAACAAAUACACUGCAAAUGUAUGGUAAAUACUUAUUCUUAAACAUUUCAGAGCAGAGAUUUGCUAAGCACAAGCGCUCCAAUACAUUAAUGUGGGUCUAGUUGUUUGCCUGCAACAGUAAAUAAAACAUGUUGGAGAAGCUUUUAUUGAUUUCCUUGUUAUCACACUCAUUCUUAAAGUGCUGUUAACUUGAUUAUUCUUGUCCUCCUAAAAAGCUGCGGCUAACAGUCAAACCACAAAGAGAUGAUGGAUUCAAGUAUUUCAACAACAUUUGUGAAAGGAAAAAAAAUCUGCAUUUUCUCUUUCCAAGUACACAUCUGGUGUCUGAAUCACCGAUUUUAUUAUCACAAUAAGUCAAAUGUCAGGUUUAUUUGCUGACAAAAUGCUGCAGACAUUCAGUACCAUACAACCGGGAGCUCUGGCGAGGAUCUUCAACACUUCUGAGCUUUCAGGAUCUGCUUAGAUAAACAGAUCUAGUUCAGCUAAUAAAACACGAGGACGUCAUGAACUUUCUUUAAUUCAAUUACAUGCACUUGUAAUUCACUAGCCCAGCACUUUAGCUUCGUCUGUUAUAGAAGAUAAGAGGAAUGAUGUCAUUGGACUGCUAUGAAUAAACUUGCUCUUGUUCAAACAACCAUAAUGUUUGCUUCACAAUUCAGUAAUAAGGUUUUCUACUUUACUUUCAUAUAUUAUUAUUCUGAAUUGUUAUGCUAGCACUGUUUUUGGAAAAUAUGUACAUAAGUCCACUGCUUUGUUCAGAAGCAACCACACGGAGCAGCUGCAAAUGGAUGAAUUGUAUCAGGAGGUUUUCCUACCAAAAGAAAUGAUUUUGCAUCAUUCUGAUAUCCACCCUCAGUUCUUACACUUUUUUCAGUCAGAUCUGCAUCCCAGUCUAUUUUGGUUCUUAGAAACCUGGGUCAUCAAGCUUCUCCUACCCCUUCUGACAGAACCUGGCAAGUGGACUACAUUCUAAGUUACGUAAUAAGUUAUAUCCUCGUUUAAAAGUGUUUGUCAAAUACAUUUAAGAUGUCAUGACUGUGUUGAGAUGAAGUUGGACCCAAAUGCAGAUGAGGCAGUGGUGUCGAGUAGAUGUGAUUAUUUAAUAAUUUUAAAAAAGAUGACUAAAAAAGUAAACUUAUAAAACCACUGGGAACACAGGAAGUCAGAGCAAACAGGAGCCAAGUUCAAAGAUAUUGCUGACUGGGUUUCAGGUGUGAUAACAAAUAAUCAGAACUAAGAACUCAGAAAAACCCAAAACAACCCAGAACCUUUACCUGAACGUAACAUGUUGGUCAGGGCAGGCAUCACUUUCUGGAAGCUUCUUCUUGUUAACGGGAUCAUUCUGGAUUUUGAGGGAGCUUCUGUUAAAAAGUCCUAGGCAUAAAUCCAGAUUCUCAUGGGCAAAGGGUAACAGCGACUCCAUGAGGGGCUAAGAGCCAAGUGGACUUCUGCUGUCUUAAAACAUUUAAUAUGUUUGAAGCUGGUGUAUAUAAAACAUGUAUUUUACCAUUUCCACUAGGUGGAGCCACAGUACACACUGAAACAGUUUAAAAAUGCUCUGAAAAAAAAAACCUUGUAAUAAAGCAAGGUUUUUCAACAAUAUUAUGCUUCUUUGUUUCAGGUUUUUAAAUGUUUUAUUAAACGAAUUGGAUAAAACAUCAAGUAAGGCAGAGUACUUUUCUCUCUCUACCUACAUAAUCAAGAACCGUCAAUCUAGGAUGUAGCUGAAACACCAGGAGUAAUUUUUAUUUAACUAUGAACCUUUGUGCUAAUAAAUUGCAGCAAUUGAAAGUAAAACUGUAUUAUUUGUCUUUAAUAUGUUCCAGUUGUGAUCUUUGGAUAUUUAGUUUGUUUUGAUUUAUCACUAUUGACUUCCCAUAGUCAGUUCAUUUCUUUAAGAAUCCGUGUGCUUUUAGUGCUACACUGUAGUAUUUUGUAUCUCUUUCCACAGAUAGUAAAGUUACUACCUGUGGUAUUUUAGGAGUUGUGUGUAUUCUUAGGUUUGUUAAUGUGUUAUCCCACAAUUAAUUUACUUUAAAUUUAUUGUCCUUAAAAAACGAACAACUUACUUUGAUGUUAUCUUUUAUUUUCUUUGUUAUUGAAAGCUCAACUGUGAUUGCUUUAAAUUACUUUACUUUCAACAGGAUUUCUAGUCUCUUUUUAUUGGAGAACAGAACAACACGGUUGUAAAACAGUGAGGAACUGGUUUAACGACAAAGUAACAUUUCAGAGUCAAACCACCUAAAAAAAUCUCAACAUUUAAAAACAGAUGUUUUGAAGUUUUUUCUGUCCUUUAACACAAAUGUUUCAACAGAUAGGGAAACAUUAUAUUAUGUCUAGAUCAUUUGAAGUGCAGUUAUGAAAUGUUUUUCAAUUCUUCUAUAAAAAAAAAUAUUUUGGAUAGACUUCAAAUCCUUAGUUUUUGACUUACUCUUGUCACCACACCAGUGUGUUCAAACACUGAAGAGCUGCUUAACUUGUGGGUGUUUACAACAUUUCCUGCAUCUUGGUUCAGUGAUGUUCUUUAACAAAUCUCUCUGAUCUUCACAGAGCGGCUGGAUUUCUAAUCUAAAAUCACACCAAUGGAGUGUGUUGACAAAUGUAUUUGUUUCCACACUUUUCAAAGAAACCAUUUCACUUCGGAAUGAUAAAUUACCUUGUGUUGGUCUUACACAUAAAACCUAAAUGAAAUAAAAGUUUGGGGCUAUAAUGUGACAAAAAUAGAAAAAUAAAUGUUCAAGAGGCACAAACAUUUACACCUUUGUACAGCACUUCAUACUGACAGAGCUCUCGCCGCUCCUCCGUCUGGAAUGAGGAUUAUCUUGAUCAAACCUUCAGCCCCUUCAGGAUUCCUUGUUUUAAUUCUUCUUCUAGUUCUGUCGGCUCACAGAGAGCUUUAAACGCCUUCGUGUUUUACUCUGGCUGACAUGGCUCAUCAGGGAAAUCCUGAGCUAAAGGAGAAAUUUUGCUGCAUGAUUUGCCUGGACCUACUGGGGGAUCCGGUGAUACUUCCUUGUGGGCACAACUACUGCAAGAAUUGCAUAGAGCGCUGGUGGAAUGAAAAGGAGCCGAGUGACACGUACAGCUGUCCUGUAUGCAGACGGAGCGAUAGAUCCAGGCCUAAUCUGGCAAGGAACACUCUGCUAGCAGAAGCGAUAGAACUGCUUGGAAAGAGUCAAGCUGCACCUGAGUUUUGUUCCUCUUCUAGUCGUGAAGAUUUCUGCUCCAAUCACAAGGACGAGCAGAUGAAGUUAUUCUGCCGCACUCAUCAGACGUGCAUCUGCGGCCUCUGCUCAGUGGAGGAGCAUAAAGGUGAUGACAUAGUUUCAGCUGACUCGGAGAGGACUGAGAAGCAGAGAGAGAUUCACUCAAACCUCCAGGAGAUUCAGGAGAAAAUUAAAGACAGAGAAGACGACAUCAAGAAGCUUCAGCAGAAGAUGGGGGCUAUUGAUGCCUCUGCUGAGGAGGCAGUGAGGAAGAGCAGCGAGAUUUUUGCUGAGCUGAUCGACCUGUUGAAGGAAAGAAGCUUGGUUGUGAAGCAGCAGAUCAGGAAGCAGCAGAAAGCCGCAGAGAGUCAGAUCAAACAGUACAAAGCCAGACUAGAGACGGAGAUCUCUGAGCUCAGAGGGAGAGAAGAGGAGCUCCAGCAGCUGUCCCACACAGACUGUCACAUCCACUUCCUCCACAGCUUCUCGCUGCUGGGAAAACCCGACAAAGCCACAGAUACGCUCAAAUUUAAAGAAUCUGCUCCGUGUUUCUUUAGGGAUCUGACAGCAGCGGUAGCAGAAGCUGGAGGCAAACUGAAGCGCUUUGUUCAUGAGGAAACCAUGAAGACGUCAGUGAUGGAGAUGGAGCUGAAUGUGGUGAUGUCACCAGCUGAGCCCAAGAGCAGAGCGGACUUCCUGCAGCGUUCCCAUUCGGUCAUCCUGAACCCGAACAUGGCCCACAGAAAGCUGCUUCUGUCUCUGGGAAACAAGAGAGUCACACGCACCAACAAAUUCAUUAGUCCUCUUCAUCCUGACAGAUUCACGGAAUGGACUCAGGCCCUGAGCACAGAGAGCUUUACUGGCUGCUGUUACUGGGAGGUGAAGUGGACUGGGAGAGUUACCAUUGCUGUGGCGUACAGCAGGAUGAGCAGAACAGGAAGGCAGAGUGAGUUUGGGAGCAACAAGGAGUCCUGGGCUUUGGAGUGCUACAGAGACUGUUUUGUAUUCGGACAUGACGGAGUAAAAACGUGUGUGUCCGGUCCCCAGUCCUCCACGGUGGGCGUGUACCUGGACCACACAGCAGGGAGCCUGUCCUUUUUCAGCGUCUCCGACAGCAUGGAGCUCCUCCACAGAGUCCAAACCACGUUCACUCAGCCUCCGGGCUUUGGGUCGGUGUUUGUGAUGGAUCUGCUGCUGAGUUCUGCUAACAGUUUUUACGAGGCAUCUUGUCAGGCUGGAUGAAAACAGAAACACCCCAUGCUCUGCUGUUUCCCAUAGAAGAAGAUUGGGGCUGAAAGUUUUCAGGAAAUGGGCUCUUGUCUUCCAGGGGAGCAGGUGGAUUCUUUGCUAAGCGGGGGGAAAAAAACAUGUUUAUUUUAAAAAGGAAACAGACGAGGCAGAAAUGUCAGUGUUUUAUUCAUGGACUUAAAGCCAAACUUGAGAUAAAGAACUAACUAUGCUUGAAAUAGAUGUAAAAUAUGUCUUCAUCUUCUAUAUAAAAAAGUUACUUUGUAUGCAAGUCUUCUGAAGAUGCUUGAAAUUUGCAACUCCAGCAGAGCAGUAAAAAAUGUCUCAGCACUUAUUUCAGAAAACAUCUGACUUUUAACUUGGUUAUAAAUUUAAAAAAAAUAAAGAAAAUGAAAUGUGGAUUGAAACAAAACCUCUACUUCUCAUUUUGACAACCAAAAAUUUUUGAUGGACUUUUUUGGGAUAACAUAUAGUGCAUCGUUUUACUUUUCUACUAAAAACAUUUAAAUUAUGCAAGUGUACUUAGCCCAUUUUAUUGUGUUGUCCCAAAAUAAAGUUUUAGUGCGACAAUUACCUUCCAAAAAUCUCCUAAUUGAUAAACAGAGUCCUCUGCUGUGCUGUGGCUAAGCUAACGUUAGCAUAGAUCUCUUCUAUUAAGGCCUCAGAGGUUUGUUGGAAAACAUUAGAAAACAAACAGCAUCUUCAAAAAGCAACUAAGUGGAAGAAGGAGCUCUGGUCGGAUGAGAUGAACGUUUUGGCAAACAAGCAAAAUGCUUUGUGUUUUAUAGUUAAACUCUCAGAUAACGAUGAUCCUUCAGUUUUGAAAAGAAGUGGCAAA